GACACUUGCACUAAACGUGCAACUUGUAAACAGACGCAGGAAUCCUACGUUAGACUUCCAGGCAGGCAGGCAUGACGGACGUUUUAACCCAUACAUUUGUAAACUUAAUGUCACAAAAGGACUCAAAGAAGGAACUCGGGGUGACCUCUCCAGCAUCAACACAAUGUGGUGUCCUAUUAGUUGGAGAACACAAUAUGGGACGCUCCGUGUUGCUUCUAGCGGCUAUUACAGCUGCCUCUCAGAUGGGCAUCAGGGUAGUGUUCUUCACCCAAACUCAAAUCCAAAACCUGCCAUUGUGUUUGCAGAAAUGUGUUCCAGGUUUGAGUCCUGAAAGUCUAAAGAAAAUCAAAUUCUGCUAUCCGAGGACAUUGGAAGAGUUGCUCCAGCAAGUGGCAGGCCUUCAUGAGUCUACCAACACAUUUCCCAUUCCUCCAGCACUGAUCAUCAUCGACAGACUUCAGAACUUUCUUUGUGGACCUGCAGGUGACAACCACAGGGGGCGUCAACCUGGGGAGCAAUCCUGCGUUGCACAACUCUCUGCAUUGUUGUGCGACACAGCAACUUUUCUCACAGGCAUCCUUGAGCAGGUGACCUCCAGCCCAACAAGCUGUCGCAUCAUCGCCUCUUAUCAGCCAAAACCUCAAAGUAGAGAAUCAUCUGUCCCAGAUCAAGUACUUAACACGCUAGAUCGCUAUUUCCAGGUACGAUGUACUCUGGACCAAGACAGAAGCAACAAAGCUGCAGCAAAUGGAUUAAAGGAGGUGUGGCACAUUUAUUUUUCUGGAACUGGAAUCUCCGUUGAACCCUGCACCAAAGAGACCCAGUUAAUGGCAAGUUCAGCCCAAGAGUGGGAGUUGUUCGUGUAUCCUGAUGGUUUAAUGGAGUUUCGCUUAGUUUGAGCACAUUUGCAUCAAAUAAGGAUGUUCUGAAGGCACUUUUUGUAUUAUAUUUUGUAUUCAGCACCAAGUGUAUUGAUCACAUACUAAAUUCGGCAAAACAGGUGUGUGACUACACAGAUUCCACAAAAUCGUAUUUUGCUGAAAUUCAGAAACUUGUUACAUUUAUUUCCAGGUCAUUAAUUUAUCAAACCAGGACUUUUUUUGUUUUGAUGUAAACUUAAACCUUAAUAGAUGUUGGUUUCUGCCUGAAGACAGUGUUUUACUUUUAACUCUACACCUUAAUAAAUUCUCUGCUUUUCUGACUAUUGAGUAUUUCUAGGUUAAUUACACCAUUUCUUCCUUUUAACAGUCAGACAAAAAAAAAUGCCAUAUACAAGCAAUCAUGUGGCUCUUUUCAACCUUCUCUGAAUUUAUCGAGUUUGUUAGUAGACGUCCAAUCCACUUGAACCUGGAGGAUGGCAGUGUAUGCGGAUGAACAUUCGUUUAUUUGGUGACAGUCCUCCCACUUCAAAUGAUUGGGACUUUUAUCGCCAUCAAAACUCUGAAGUUGCCCUUUAAACAGUACCCAUAACACCUUUUUUAAAAUAAAAGAAUACAAUUUUACAACACAAUUUUAAAAACAUUCCUAUUUAGGUAAUAAUCUGUAAUAAUCGAAAUGAACACUUAUAGACGAAAGGGUCUGCUUCCAAACAAAAUUAUUGUAAUUUUCGGACUAUAAGCUGCUACUUUUUUCCUUUAUUUUGAAUCUUGCGGCUUAUAGUCCAGUGUGACGUAUUUGUUGAUUUAUUUGGGUUAAUAGGCAACACAUACCUCCUAGCAUGCAUUACAGCGCUACAGAUGUAACUAACAAUCAAAAUUCAUUUUCUGUGCUAAUUAUUUAUUUAGUUACUGUUCCAGUUAUGAUAUUUGGGAACACUUUAUUAUACAGUGGCGUCAUAAGACUGUCAUAAGACUAGAGCUGAAACGAAUAACCGAGUAACUCGAGUUUAAAAACUGAUCCGAGUAAUUUUAUUCACCUCGAGUAAUCGUUUCAUUUUGACAGCUCUAAGCAUCACGUUUUUCUCGGACUACUUUUAAUGCAGGACAACGCGCUGAUGUCACGUGCAUAGAGGAAGAAGCAAUUUAAAAAAAACAACAAAAAAAAACUUACUGCAGCCGACAGCCGCUACAAACGACACCAACGUUGCAAAAACUAGCCCGCAUGAUGCUAAGGUGGUAGCAGGUAGCAUCUGAUGCGUCUCAUAGAGAUCACAUGUAUGUUGAACUAGAUGGGAAAUGACAGAGUCAGCGCCGUUAGUAAACAGCCGCCAUCUCAAAGCAGUAAACUUCUAAGCGCUAAUAAAUAAGAUUAAUGUUACUGUUACUCGCUCACGUAACGUUAGCCCUGCGGAGGGCUAGGUUUCUAUUAAUUAUGACCACUGCCGAUGCGUGGCUAACGUGUAUUACAUACUGGCUUUAGCAUAACAUAGCGCUGUGGAGUAAUGAGGGUGUAAAAUAAAAACUUAAUAAUGCUAACUAUCAAUUUUAGCUCAGUAGUCAUUGCUGGAUAAAACACCAAGUAGCACUGGUCCCUAAUGUGCUCCAAUACAGCCUGUAUCAUACAUUCAUUUUGAACACUGCAAAAACUCAAAAUCCUAUCAGGACAUACAGUUUAAACUAACUUAAAACUUAACUAGAACUUAAAAAUAGCUUGACACAAAUUGAAAUUUAAUUGCAACA